GGCUUUCAAAAUGAAAUUCUUUUCCAAGCGCGGCAUUCCAAAGCGAUAUGUUUAACCCCGUAUAAAGAUAAAAUCCUUGGUUUCGGAACCUCUUUAUCUUCAUCGACCUCCUCCCUCACUCCUCUUCUCGCCCUCAACCCCUUUGCUUCAUGGUGGAUCGAGGUCUCAAUUCGGACCACUUUGGACAGCCCGUCUGAGUCUGUCACGGUGUCGUUCGACCUUAAUUUGCGGUCGUUAAUUCACUGGACAGCGCUCCCAGAAUUAGCCGUCGCGUUAUGGGAUUCUGCCAAUUACGAUUGGGUUUAUUUGGAUAUCAUGGAUUACAGGACGCUGAGGUAUCAUUUGCUAUUGGAAUCUGAGACACCAAACAGAACCAUUCCCAAUUCAGAAGCAAAACAAGGAAGCUAGAUACCAACUAUAACUAGCUAGCUAGCUACAACCAUGGAAGAAUCCCCAUAUAGUUCCCUGGGACGAGAGGAACCUGAGUUCAGCUUGAGAGAUUGGGCUGCCAAGGCUAGAGGAAUCAGCCGGGUAAACACAAAUUCCAGAAGGUUCUCAGCAUCCUACAUUAGAAGAUUUAUAGAAGACACAAGGUCUUUCAGUUCAAACAUUACCAUCUCUAGCACUGCUUCUUCUCCUGGCUAUGCCUUAAGAGAUGAAAUUGACCCUGCAACUUACUCAUUCACCACGGCCCUCAAAGCAUUACAAGCAAGGUCUGCCUGCAAUAGUUGGGAGGCUUUAUCCCCAGAUGGGUUUGCUUUACAUUCAAAGUGGUCUUGCAAAUGAAGAAUUUGGUAUUUAUUUGAAAAA